UUGGGCACUCUGGCAGGAGGGGCGCAUUUCCUUCCUCUUUCUCUGCUCUGAGCUGGAUGUUGAAAUUGGCAAGCUUGCUGUUGUCACCUUCCUUUUUUGUACCCCUCCUUGUGCAGAGGUGUUCACUGCCGGCCACCCCCUCCCCCUUUCCCAAGUGCCCCUCAGGUGACUACUUAUCCAGGCCCAACUACAUUUCUGAAGCUUCUGGGCUCUUCCCCUCUCCCACCCCAAACCUGUUCAUUACCCUAGUGAUGCUAUCUCAAGAGCUAGGAAGAUGCAGUCUCUUUAAUGUGCCUCUAAUCACCAGAUAAGUAUUUGUAUUUUCUUUCAUCUACCAACUCAGGGCCCAUAUCUAAACAAGUGAAGCUUGUUAAGUGUUUUUCUCAGAUGAUUAACAGUAAAGAAAUGUACCUAGGACUUUUUCUCAGGAGGAGGAGGCAAGGCAACUUUUUCCUUAAAUCCACAGUCUUCAAAAGUUCUUAAAUGUUACUGUUAGUGUUGUUUAUUCAGCUCUUGACAGGAACCUGUGAGAAAUGUGUAUUUAUAUGCUUGGGUGAUAUGUAGAGACUUGCUUAGUUGAUGUUCUCUCCCUAAGGUGAACAUCUUGCUGUCUGCUUCUUGCUAUUUUGCUUGGCAUUAGGGACACUGGUUUUAUCUUGUGGAAAUGUGUAUCUGUUAGUCAGUGAAGGGAGAAACCUUACAGCUUAGCUGCUGGAAGCACAUAGCAAUCCCUUCAUAUUUCAAAAAGGGUAGCAAACCUGUCUCCUGUGAACCUCAUGUAAGUCACAGUUCUUUGUGGUACUGGAUAUCCAUCCCAGGGUCUUGAGCAUGCUAGGCAAGUACCUUACCACAUGAGCUAAGCCCCUAGCCCUUUUGCUUAUAUUUUGUUUUUGAGAGCUGGGCUCGAACUUAUCUUCUACCUCCCCUUCCCAGAUAGCUGGGUUUAUAAAGUGAGUGGCACCACACCCUGUCCUGACAGUUCUUGAACAUUGUGGCUCCUUGAAGUGUACACGGAGUUUCCUGGAUAUUAUAAUUGGGGUGAGUGUUUGCUGUAGGCUUGAGAGAGGAGAACUUGUGCGUGCUGAUCCAGACUAAUUUUAGAAAAUGCCAAGUAGGAAAUUUGCCGAUGGUGAAGUGGUAAGAGGUCGAUGGCCUGGCAGCUCACUUUAUUAUGAAGUAGAAAUUCUGAGCUAUGACAGCAGAUCCCAGCUUUACACUGUAAAAUACAAAGAUGGAACUGAACUCGAAUUGAAAGAGAAUGAUAUCAAGCCUUUAACGUCCUUUAAGCAAAGGAAGAGUGGUUCAACUUCCAGCUCUCCCUCCCGAAGACGAGGGAGCCGGGGCAGCAGAGGCAGCAGGUCAAGGUCACGCUCCCGAUCCCCUGGCAGGCCACUUAAAAGUUCCAGAAGAUCUGCCUCUGCCUCCCACCAGGCUGACAUUAAGGAAACAAGAAGAGAAAUUCUGGAAGUGAAAUUGACUCCACUUGUAUUGAAGCCAUAUGGAAAUAGCGUCAACAUAUAUAAUGGUGAACCUGAACACAUCGAGAGGAACGACUUACCUCGUAAAAACAUACAGGAGAAAUUCAUUCUGUCACAAGAAGGUAGUUACCUAUCCACACAAUACAGCCUUCGUCCAAGAAGACAGGAGGUCAAAGUAAAAGAAGUAGAUUCAAGGGAAGAGAAACUUGUUCCAAAAGGACCUGCAUCAUUGAGAACCUUCAAAGUGUCCCCCCCGCAGAAGAAGGAAUUGGAGUUUGGAGGAGUCCCUGGUGUGUUCCUCAUUGUGCUGGGCCUGCCUGUUUUCCUCUUCUUGUUGCUGUUGAUGUGUAAACAGAAGGAUCCCAGUCUGCUGAAUUUCCCUCCUCACUUGCCAGCUUUGAACGACCUGUGGGAAACCAGAGUAUGUGGAGUCUACCUCCUCUGGUUUUUUGUUCAAGCACUGUUCUCCCUGCUGCCGAUUGGGAAGGUUGUAGAAGGAACACCUCUUGUUGAUGGAAGAAGACUCAAGUAUAGAUUAAAUGGAUUCUACGCGUUUAUCCUGACAUCUGUCAUCAUUGCAGCGGCUGUCUUCUGGGGUGCAGAACUUUCUUGGGUAUACAACCAUUUCCUGCAGUUUGCAGUCUCAGCCACAGUUUUUUCAGUGGUCUUGAGUAUUUAUCUCUACGCUCGCUCGAUGAAGGCACCUGGAGAUGAGCUGUCACCUGCCAGCUGUGGAAAUGCUGUCUAUGAUUUCUUCAUUGGCCGUGAAUUAAAUCCUCGAAUUGGUACUUUUGAUCUCAAAUACUUUUGUGAAUUGCGCCCCGGAUUGAUUGGAUGGGUGGUUAUUAACGUAGUGAUGCUUUUGGCUGAAAUGAGAGUACAGAAUCGUGCUGCUCCAUCCUUGGCCAUGAUUUUGGUUAACAGUUUCCAGCUCCUAUAUGUGGUGGAUGCUCUCUGGAAUGAGGAAGCAUUGCUGACCACCAUGGAUAUCAUCCAUGAUGGAUUUGGGUUCAUGCUGGCUUUUGGAGAUUUAGUGUGGGUUCCAUUCAUCUACAGCUUACAGGCCUUUUAUCUGGUCACUCAUCCCCAUGAACUGUCUUGGCCAGUGGCUUCUCUGACCGUUGCUCUGAAACUUUGUGGAUAUGUAAUCUUCCGAUGUUCAAAUUCUCAGAAAAAUGCAUUCCGGAAAAAUCCUGCUGAUCCGAAGCUUGCACAUUUAAAAACCAUCCACACUUCCACGGGAAAGAAUCUGCUGGUUUCUGGAUGGUGGGGGUUUGUUCGCCACCCUAACUACCUGGGUGAUCUCAUCAUGGCCCUGGCCUGGUCCCUCCCAUGUGGUUUCAGUCACAUCCUGCCGUACUUCUAUGUGAUCUACUUCACCGUGUUGCUUGUACACCGGGAAGCCCGUGAUGAACAGCACUGCAGGAGGAAGUACGGCCUGGCCUGGGAGACGUACUGCCAGCGCGUGCCCUACCGGAUCUUCCCCUACCUGUACUGAUGCCCUGCCACAUGCUCCAGAACAGGAAGACCCAAGUGAACCUCCUUUUGUUGCACUGACAGGACCUGUAAGCUUGCGUUUUCUUUGUUAGACCACACAUCCAGGUAGUAGGUCUUUUAAUAUAGCCAUGUGUGUUUUUAUUAAAUUAUAACACCUAACGAAAGGAAAAAUACAAAUAAAGAUGCUAGAAUUUGCAUUUUAAUACAAAAUUUUCAAUCCCUAAAAAAUCUGAAAACAAAGGAGGCUUUUGAUAAAUGCACUGGAAAGAAUGCUGUUGGCCGAGGCGCGGCUCAGUGGGUGGGCACGUCCGGCAGGCGUGAGGUCCUGGGUUCCAUCUCCAGCAGCCGCUGCCUCCUAAAAAAAGAAUGCUUUUGAUGUACAGCUUUUUAUUUCAAGUUUUUUUUUUUUUUUUUUCCCCUCUUUUUUCAGUUGAUUUUUCUUAAGUGAAAACACACUUAGAUUUGUUUCAUUGCAUUGACAGAAUGGAGUUUUAGGCUGGAGGUGUGGCUCAAGUGGUAGAGGGCUAAAGCCCUGAGUUCAAACCCCAGUAUCACCAAAAAGAAAA